AUGUUCCAAGUCCGUCAAGCAGAUGAUAUUUUACCCCGCAGUCUAUCUACAUGGACCACAGAACAACGCUGGAAAGCCUGGGCUCAUGCCGAAGAACAAGUGCGCGUUGCGACGGGUCUCUACAUUCACGACACAGAGCUUUCUACGCUCCUUAUAGCCCGUCCAGUGUUGAAACAUUCCGCGUCAAACAUCCCAGUCACUUCUAGUGACAGGUUCUGGAAGGCAAGGAAUGCAGCUGAAUGGAAUGCUUUGAAUGAGGAGAGAAAAGCAAACACUCCGCCCACGUCUCAACUGACAGAAGUGUCUGAGUUUACUCAGUUCACGAUGCUGGAGGCAUUUCUAGCCUCCAUCUCCGAUAGUCGCUCAUUACAUACUGGGCUGCGUGAUGAUACUCGAAAACAAUUUGAACGAUGGUUAUCCCAGUUUUAUGAUGACUACCUGAAGCGAAGCGCACUGAGCCAAUCUAGUCCGUUCUGCCUUGAGAUUCUUUGGCAUUCCGCAUUCCUGGCCCUAUUCGUGGACUUUGAUCGUCUGGAACUCGCCACAGGCAGGGAGGGAUAUGCACAAUCACUUGCCCAUCACGAGUACAUCCAAAGGUGGGCCUGCUCUCAAGAUGGUCGGCGUUGUGCCCUCCACGGAGCAUUGGUACUUCGAAAAGCUCAAGAAAUGACACUUGGUGUUGAGCCGGCCAUUCACGUUCCUCGCGUCCUAUACCAAGCGGCUAUGAUAUGGUUCGCGUACCUGAAGUUUGGCGUUGACAAUCACGACUCUCCAAAAGACUUUCCCGAGCUCGCACAUCUGAAUGUAAACUGCCAAGCUCUGCUUUUUGAAUCAAAUGGCUUCAAGAUUUCACGACCGAAACUCAAGGAGUCAAGUACCCUGAGUGGACUUGUGGAUCUGUUGCGUCGAAUUGGUCAUUGGGGAAUUUCCAGGAAAUUUGCUGAUCAGUUGGUGCGGAUGAUGCAAGGAAAUACUGAGGACGAGCAGACUAGCGCUCUUUUAUGA